AUGGCGUUAAUAUUUAAAGGAAAUGAAAUAUUUGAAAAUGAUGAUUUAAGAAAGAGAUUAAAAGAACACAUUGAAAAAGAUAAAUUAAUUGGAAUACCUACUGAGACAGUUUAUGGUUUAGGUGGUAAUUCAUUAAGUGAGAAAUCUUUAGAAAAUAUAUUUAGAAUGAAAAAUAGACCAGUAAGUGAUCCUAUAAUAUCACAUGUAUAUAAUAUAUAUCAAGCAUAUGAUCAGUUAUAUCAUAUUAAUAUGUAUGAAAAAUAUAUUAUCUAUAUUUUGAAUAAACAUUUUUGGCCAGGACCUUUAUCAAUAAUAGCAAGAUCAAAAAAACAAGCUCCUUUAAUAUUAACUGCAUAUACACAAUUCUGUGCUGUUAGGGUUCCAGAUAAUAUUAUAACAAGAGAAAUUAUAAAAAUAUGUAAUACACCUAUAGCUGCUCCUUCAGCUAAUAAAUUCCAACAUAUUAGUCCAACAAAUUGUUUACAUGUGUAUGAGGAAUUUAAAAAUGAAGAUCUUUUAAUAUUUGAUGAUGGUCAAUGUGAUAUAGGCAUAGAAUCCACCGUCUUGAAAAUAACAAAGUAUAAGAUAUUUGAUGAGGAGAAGAAAAAGGAAUAUGUAUUGAAUAAAAAAAAAAAUAUAAAUGGUAUGAAUGAUAUAAAAUAUGUGCAACAUAUGAAUAAUAUAAAUGUAGAUAAUUCUGAAGAAAAUAACCUUGUUGAGAUUAUAACUGAUGAAGAAUAUGAGUGUGAAUAUAAUGAAGAAUUACCACUCCUACGUGUGGUUACAAACUCGAAAGGAUCAGAGAGUAAUAUAGAAGUAUAUGAAAAAUUAAAAAAUAUGUUUGAUCUUCUUGAACAUCCCAGCUCAUACAAUAAUAAUAAUAAUAAUAAUAUAAUUGUUGAUAAAAUAUUAAAAUAUAAAUCUUUAUAUAACUAUUCUAUUAAAAUAUAUAGAAGAGGAAAAUAUACAAAAUUUGAUAUUCAAAAUGUUUUAAAUAAAUAUGAUUUGUUGAAAGAUAUAAGUGUAGAGAUGUAUGAAAAAAUAAAAUUUGAGAACUUGGAUAUCUUCAAGAAUGAAUAUACUAAGAAUGAUAAUAAAGACUACAAAUGUGAUAAUAAUAUAAAUAAUGAGAUAGAUAUUUAUAAUAAUAUUAAUAAUAAUAAUAAUAAUAAUAAUAAUAAUAAUAACCAUGUUGUAAAUAUUUCUUGUCAUAAUAAUUCACAUAUUAAUAGUGAGAUUGAAAAGAAUGAAGUAUGUCCAGGACUUUUAUUAACACAUUAUAGCCCCUUUGUAUCUACAUAUCUUUUAGAUAUUAUAUCAUAUAAAUGUUUAGAAAGAAAUGAGAAUACAUGUAAAAAAAAAAAGGAUCUUAAUAAAUGUAUCUUAUUAGAUAUAGGAGGUUCGCUUUUAAAAUAUGAUAAUAAAUUUUUAAAAUAUAUUAAUAUAUGUUAUGAUAGUCUUGAAUUAAAUGAAAGAAUAAAAUAUAUAACAAAACAAUUUUUUCUAUAUUUAAGACAAGCAGAAAGGUUAGCUAUAGAAAAUAAAGCAGACAAUAUUUUAAUAUCUAUUGUUAAUAUAAAACGUUGUGAUGAAAAUUAUUUAUCUAUAUUUGAUAGAAUAUAUAGAGCCGCCUCUGGCAAAUUGAUGUCAGUAUGUAUUGACGAUAAGGAUUUGUCAGCUUGGACUAAAUAA